CCGCGCUCCACGUUGCUAGGAAGCAGCUCCGGGUUGCAGUGCAGGAAUGUGCCCUCCCCCCCGGCAAACUUUCGGCCUCUGCAACGGAAGCAGGAACUUGGGCACCACAAAACCUGCCGGGCGGGCUGGAGCUGCGGCGCAUCCCCUGCCGCCCUCCCGAGACCCUGGCGCGGAUUCGUCACUCAUUCCCCGCGAGUGCGUUGGAGCUGUCCCCGCACCGGGAGGGCAGCCGGGACCCCCGCGGUCCUCUCGCCGCCAGAGAGAAAUUCCAUCAUCUGUGCAAUCUUCUUGAAGCAAAUUAAGACCAGAGGGAGGGUUAUCCUUGACUUUUGAAGGCUGACCACACUGAAGCCUAAAAUGUUCUUCAAGCAAGAAUGGAGCUUGACUUACACUUUUGUAAUAAUUUGUUUCCUGACACUAAGGCUGUCCACCAGUCAGAAUUGCUCCACCAAGAGUCUAGAAGAUGUUGUCAUUGACAUCCAGGCAUCUCUUUCUAAGGGAAUCAGGGGCAAUGAGCCCAUCCAUACCUUAACUCAAGAAGACUGCAUUGAUUCUUGCUGUUCAACAAAAAGCAUAUCAGGGGAUAAGGCGUGUAACUUGAUGAUCUUCGACACGCGAAAAACAGCCAGACAACCCAACUGCUACCUGUUUUUCUGUCCCAGUGAGGAAGCCUGUCCACUGAAACCAGCAAAGGGACUUAUGAGUUACAGGAUAAUUAGAGAUUUUCCAUCUUUGGCCAAAACUGACUUCCCGAAGCAAGAGUUAGCCCAGGAAGGUUCUCUCUUCCACGGCCAGUCUUCACAAGCAGUUGCUCCCACGGCCCCUCCUCUGACAGGUGAUUUAGAGCCCACAGAUAUCUUAUGGAGAGAGGCAUUUUCUCAGAAGUCUGGGUCCUCAGAUCACUCAGAGAAACUAUUCAAGAUUGAUCCAGCGAGUACACGGUUCCCUGUUUAUAAAGAAGAAGGCCAUUCUCCGAGUUCACGGUUUUCCUCAGAACACAACGUAGCUCAUCUGCUGCCUGAAAAUGUGACAACAUUCCUCACAACAGUGGCUGAGGCACCUCUACAUAGCAUCUCUGCCACUCCAAAGCCUGCCUUUCUCCCCGCCACCAGUGCUCCCGUGGUACCUUCUGUGACUUCUCAGCCACAGAAGGCCACCUCAUCUCUACCUGUUGCCACGGUCACUUCUCAGCCUCCCACAGCCCUCAUUUUUACAGUUUUGACACGUGCUGUGGUUACACCCCAAGCUGGCAUGACUACAACAGCCGUUCCAACUGCCAUCUUUCAGGCACCUACAAGUUUCACAGGCCCACGAGAAACGGUGCCCUCUAGAGAAAUUUCCAACCUAACUUUGAGCACAGAGGCUGCCCAUAACCCUGCUACACUUCCUUUGUCCAAUGUGGAUUCUUCCACUGUGAACGAAACUGCUUCCCAGGAAAAUAGGAAGGCCAGUCCAGGCAGUUCCUCCCUGAGCAGUGUUCCACAAAGUCUACGCGGCCUUCCAUUUGAAAAGUGGCUUCUCAUUGGGACCCUGCUCUUUGGUGUUCUGUUCCUCGCCAUAGGCCUUGUCCUCCUGGGUAGAAUGCUCUCAGAAUCCCUCCGCAGGAAACGUUACUCGAGACUUGAUUAUUUGAUCAAUGGGAUCUAUGUUGACAUCUAAGAACGAAACUAGAUGUCUCUUAAUUCAUGUAGUUCCUAGUGGCCCAAAUGCAGUGAGUUUCUGCUGACUCGCUGAUCUCAGCAGGGUUUUUGAAGUAUUUUGAAGACAGGCAAAUGCCCUCUACCACUUUCUUUUUGCUUAUUUUUUGAAGAGAAGCGGGGAAAGGAAACAAAUAGGUAAUUUGAGUGAUCUGUCUCUAAAAUAUCUGAAAACAAAGCUCUCCCUAAAGUAAUAAAGUAUAAUUGCCAUAUAAAUUGGAAAGCGACUGGCUUUUUGCAGGGAAAAAUGGUUGACUUCUAGGCUCCAAUUCGUUAAUAUUUCUGGUUCCAGAUAAAGUCAACUGUUUAUAAUAUUAAUUCUCAUCGAUUUACUUUCCUUUUUAUAUGAAUUCCAAUAAAACUUAUUCCAGAUGUAUUUCCUUCCAAUUAAAUGUUUGAAUAAAUCUUUUGUUACUCAGUAA